ACCACAUAUUUAGUCAAUGUCAUCCUGAUAACUUAUAUUAUUUUGACAACAUCAAAUUUAAUGAUGUAAUUUUAGUGCCAAACAAAACGUGAUCAUUUUUUUUUUUUAUUCAAAGAGGGACACAACAGACGUACUAUGUACGUCAUUUAAUGGCACCUGCAUCUGACUCCCAGUCUGGAUGGUGUGAUGUCAGAACAUUCUAAAAUACAUAGGGCUAGACAUCAGGUCAUAAUCCGUAACAAAGGAUGACCAUAAUUAUAUAUCAACAAAACUGUCAGAUCUGGAUGUCAAACAAAUGAGUAGCCAUGGGCAAACCCAUCUAAUCAAAUACUAAUUGAGUAUUUAAACCCUUCCUCAGAGUUGAAGUGAUUCUUGGAUUUGUCAGAGGAUGCAAUUGAGUCAUUUUAAUGGGAUUGCUCUCUUAAGUUCUUGUCAUUAAAUCCGUGGUGUAGUCAGUGUUUGGAUUAGAAGAGCUGUGUCCUCACCUGUGCAUGGGGUGAGCUUGAAGGCGGCCAGCCAUUGGCUGACUCACUAACCCCUGCAUUGUGGACUCCACAGACCAAUAGCCACGAGGAAGAUGCUUUGGACCUGUGCAUUACUGCAGAGGUUAUCAUGACGUGGGGUGGGGGAAUAAAAACUCAAUAGUCAGUGUGUGGGAUGGACUCCGCUCAUUCAUCCAGCACGGAGCUGUCAUCCAUGUCUGCUGCUAAUGUGUUCUGAAAGCAAGAGACUGAGUUGCUUGAAAGUUUAGUAGUGUGUCAUUCAUUUGAUAUUGCUUAAUCAUUGUUAAAGUGCUGUAGUGCAAAAGCAUCUUUAACGAAGUAAAAUCAACUGCAUUAAGGGCAUCCACGUCCACUUGCUGUCGUUCCUGUCCCUCCCAGGAGAGAGCCCAAGCUCUCCUUGGCACCUCGGUGGCCACACUCCUCUUCGUCCUCGUCUCUCUCACAACACUGCCCACCAGACGCACUCCAGGAUGGGCAUGAAGAUGGACCUCCAGACGGUGCUGCUCCUGCCCGUGCACUUGCUGGUGGGGCUCUACUCCCUGCUCACCUUCCUGCCCUGGUACUUUAUGACCGGGGCCAAGGAGCGGCAGGCUCUGGCUAUGCGCAACAAGGCCAAGUCCACCUCGGGACAGCCGGAGGGGCCUUACCGCUCAAUUGACCGCUUCAACGGCCUCGCCCAGAUGGACUUUCCCGGGAAAGACACGCUGGACAAGCUGUUCAACUAUGCAGUGGAGCGCUUUGGCCCAAAUCACUGCCUGGGCACUCGGGAAGUGCUCAGUGAGGAGAAUGAGACCCAGCCGAAUGGCAAGGUUUUUAAAAAGCUCAUUCUGGGAAAUUACAAAUGGAUCACCUACCAGGAAAUGGACGACAUCGUGAGUCACUUUGGCAGUGGCCUGGCAGCCCUGGGCCAGCAGCCCAAGAGCACCAUCGCCAUCUUCUGUGAGACUCGGGCGGAAUGGAUGAUCACGGCCCAGUCAUGCUUCAGGCGCAAUUUCCCCCUGGUGACGUUCUAUGCCACGCUGGGAGAGGAAGCGGUGGCCUUUGGCCUGAAUGAGUGUGGGGUGACUCACCUGGUGACUAGCGUAGACCUGUUGGAGACUAAACUAAAGAACGUGCUUCCUCAGAUCCAUAACCUCAAGCACGUCAUCUAUGUGGAUAACAAGAAGAUCAAUACCACAGGCUAUCCUGAGGGCCUGCAAUUGCACAGCAUGGAGGCUGUGCAAAAGCUGGGAGCCAAGCCUGAAAACUUGAGCCAGGAGAUCGUAAAACCCACCCCCUCGGACCUGGCUGUCAUUAUGUACACCAGCGGCUCCACGGGCCGACCCAAGGGAGUCAUGAUCGUCCACAGCAACCUCAUCGCAGGCAUGACUGGGCAGUGUGAGAGGAUCCCCGGCCUAGGCCCCAAGGACACGUACAUUGCCUACCUCCCCCUGGCUCACGUGCUGGAGAUGACCGCAGAGAUUUCGUGUGUGACUUACGGAUGCAGGAUUGGCUACUCCUCCCCCCAGACCCUGUCGGACCAGUCAUCAAAGAUCAAGAGAGGUAGUAAAGGAGACUGCUCAGUGCUGAAGCCCUCCCUCAUGGCGUCUGUUCCGGAAAUCAUGGACCGCAUCAAUAAAAAUGUGAUGAGCAAAGUCCAAGAGAUGAACUGCGUGCAGAGAACUCUCUUCAAGCUGGCCUACAACUACAAACUGGAUCAAAUCAAGAAGGGAUACGAUGCUCCUCUGUGUAACGUGCUGUUCAAGAAAGUGCGGUCCCUGCUGGGAGGGAACGUGCGUAUGAUGCUGUCAGGGGGCGCACCUCUGUCCUCAGCCACCCAGCGCUUCAUGAACAUCUGCUUCUGCUGUCCCGUGGGUCAGGGCUACGGCCUCACAGAAACCUGCGGAGCCGGAACCAUCACAGAGGUGGCGGACUACAGCACCGGCCGCGUGGGAGCUCCUCUAAUCUGCUGUGAGGUCCAGUUGAGGGACUGGGUAGAAGGUGGUUACACAAGGAAAGACAAACCCCACCCACGCGGAGAGAUCCUGAUUGGGGGUCCAAACGUCACCUUGGGCUACUACAGGAAAGAUGGCAGCAUCAACGACGACUUCUUUGUGGAUGAAAAUGGCCAGCGGUGGUUUUGCACUGGAGAUGUUGGAGAGAUUCACUCUGAUGGCUGCUUACAGAUUGUGGACCGAAAGAAGGACCUUGUCAAACUGCAAGCUGGAGAGUAUGUCUCACUGGGCAAAGUGGAGUCUUCCCUGAAGAACUGUUCUCUCAUUGACAACAUCUGUGCAUAUGCCAACAGUGAUCAUAACUUCGUGAUCAGCUUUGUGGUGCCCAACCAGAAGAAACUGACCACCUUGGCCGAUCAAAAGGGCAUUAAAGGGACAUGGGAGGACAUCUGCCGUCACCCUUUGAUGGAGAUGGAAGUUUUAAGAGAAAUUAAAGAAGUCGCCACCUCAUCGAAACUCCAGCGCUUUGAAAUCCCGAUGAAGGUCCGGUUAAGUCCAGAGCCCUGGACGCCUGAGACGGGCCUGGUCACCGACGCCUUCAAGCUAAAGAGGAAGGAGCUGAAGAACCACUAUCUUAUCGACAUCGAGAGAAUGUAUGGGCGGAAAUAAGACCAGCACUCGAGCCAAAUCCCACUCUUCACCAUUCCACUGUCACCUUCAGUGUAUCAGUUCAAAUCCGUUGAAUAUUUCCAGUCUUACUGUUCAAUGCUUAAAGCUAGCAUGAAAAGGAAAAAAAAAACACACAAAGACAUACCGGUAUGUUGAAGUUAAACUUUAGUAGCUUUUCGUUGUUUUGUCUGUUUAUUCCUUUUCGUUUGUCCAAAGUUAGGAGCUUUUUUCAGCGUUCAAAUAUGGCUUAGUGGCUUAGCAGUGGAAUUGUUAUAGGAACUGUAAAAUGUCAGUGGCCUGACACAUUGAACCUAAUGGGCUUGAUGCAGCUUUGUCAAAACCUCUUCACCUCUUAAAAUGAAUUCAACCACACAACAGCAAGAAACUGCCAUACGUCUUUCUAAGCAUUUUUUGUAACUACAGUCCAAAUUAUCCAUAUUAUUAGUAUUUAUUUAAGAAAUACUUUCUUUGCAGUAUGAUUUAACUGUUUUUGCUAGCUUCCCUUGGGGAGUUUCUUGAAUAAGCAAGGGUGGUUGUCGUUUACUCCCUCCUAGUGGCAAAUUGUGUAAAGCAGUGUCACUGUGCCUUCAGAAAGAUCCAAUGUUUCAUGACAAAUGUCUAUAUGUUUUGAUGCCAGUGCAUUUAUUUAUUAGUAGUCAUGAAGUAAUGGAUGGUUUUAAAAUGUAUAUGACAGGCCUGCUUAAACCAUGUGGGGCAUGGGUCUGGAUCUCACAGGAUCUCCUGUUUCAGUAUAUGCCCCUAAUGUUAAUAAAUCUUACAUUUGUCCUGUGUAAAAAAACAACAAGGAUUUUGCCCUAUGGCCAACUAUUUAUUUGAACUUGAAUAUGGUCUUGAAUUGCAAAUGGUAAUUGGGUGCGCCUCUCUGGGUAGCUAAUCGAUCAUCUCAUUUCAGCAAUGAGAUGACAUAUCAGACUUAUUUAUUUCUGACUGACUCAGGGUGUGUAGAAUGGGUAGUGUAGGUCAGCUGGAGGUUUUCGAGUAGAAUUAAAGGAAACUUUCCAAAAUUAGGCCCUGACUAUUUUUUUUAUGUUACAUACCAGUACAUGUCAAAGGCCAUACUGAAAUGUAGGUUGUUUUACUUUGUUAUUAUGGAUGUGAAAUGCACAAUGAUUUUGUUGUUUUCUCUGUUUGUUCUUUUGAGGAAUUGGCAUUCAGGUGUAGGUAAGAGCUUUACUCUGAUGCACAUUUUACCACGUUACCUGCUGUGUCAACAGCAAUACACUAUAUGGAACUGCUGUAUGUCACUCCACACAUUUCACAUUGGCAAUCAGAAUGUAUUCUGUGUGAGUUCAACAUCCUGAUUGCAUUGAUUUUUUUGUCCUCAUCUGCUGGACCACAACAUUUCUUUACCAUUAUGUGAUGCAUAAAUUGAGGGAUCUGAUUUUCUUAAAUGGAAUUUCAUUACACUGCCUUGUUAUGGUUGUUUUCUGUUUUAACAGAGCACUAAACACAAGUAUUUAAGGAAGCUUUUAUGAAAGACCAAAUGAAUACUGCACAUGUCUUAUAUUUGCUCACCUCAUUUCAAUAUUGGCAGAGAUGUAUGAGUAGAGAAUUGAAAUUCCUUAAAAUCUGUCUAACAUGUUCUCAGCUAUCGCUUGUUAAUAGCACAUUUAGCUGCUGGACAUAAAUUGGUACUUAAACCAUACAUGCAACAUUUUAAAUUGAAGAACACACAUUUUUUUCAUUCUCAGGUUUUUAUGUCAGGAUUGAAUUAAAACUUUUGGCUGCUAAAUUCCAAAACAAUGCUUGGUAUUUGGCAACUGACUAUCAAUUCAUUUUUCUGACAGUCCUGUUGAAGGUGAAUAAUCCCAGUGAAGUACAUUUGCUUGUUAGAAUGUUUUAUGAUGCUGUUAUUUAUUCCAUUGUGUGGGUCAUGUUAUGUAACAUACAUUGUUAUAAAUAAAAUGUUUUGUAAUACAA